UUCUUCAUGAACAAUAGUGCAGUCAGCAAGUAGUGCACUCAGAUCGUUCGUAACCUGCUCUCAUUACGCAGUUGUCUAAUUUUUGUUACUGAAGUUAUUACUUUAUAUCGACGGCUGGUUAUAAUUAACGAACAACAUAUAUACGAAUCUACAUUGUCGAUAUACCAUUGUGCGAUAAACAUUUUGAAAAAUGUUGUCUCUACUACGAAUGGCUCGUCCUCAAAGAACCAUGAAUCAACUUUCCUUAUUAGCAAAACCCAAAAACUUGAAACCACAUAAUGUAAUACAACGCUUCGUGUCAGCAACGCCUAAAAAAAACGACGAUUCGACAAAUCGAGAAGUUAGUGUGAAAAAAACAUGGGUCAGCUAUGGGUUCGACUACGAAAACGAGAAGGAUGAUAAAAUCUAUCUGCAUUUUACAAUGUUUGUAUGCGUUAGCGUUUGCCUAGUAGGCGGAGCAUUUAUAAUGUGCUACUUACCAGAUGUACAUUUAACAGACUGGGCUCAACGCGAGGCAUAUUUACAACUUCGUUACAGAGAGGAACAUGGGUUGCCUUUGAUAGAUAUAAAUGUAGUGGACCCAGCUAAUUUUACUCUUCCUACUGAUGAGGAAAUAGACUACUACUACCCGCCUGAGUUUUAAAUAUUGUACUAAAGUUAUCACGGAUAACCAGACUUUGUGUGUGCAUAUUGAUACAAGAAUUAUUGUAUAAUAUGUAGUUGUAAAGUAGUUUAUCGUGUACCGGUAUAUAUAUAUAUGCAACAUAUAAUAAAUAGUUCCUUUACAAACAAAA